GAUGGUCUGGUAGAGGAGAACGGGCAACCCCCUCGUUCGAGAGCGCGAGAAAUGGCGUGCGGCAUAUCGGUCGACGCGGCCGCCACGAGCACGGUGCUUCUCCUGCUGGUACUGCUUCAGGCGGCACUAGUUUGGGAAGAAACUCAUGGCGCUCCAGCGAAGAAGAGCGACAUAGUUGCCGGUUCGGAAUUCCUUUCAGUCUUCAUAAACGGCGCAAUGGCGACUCCGCCGCAACGACGCCGGGGCUUCCGACCGCGUGGUGGUCAACUCGCGGCUGCACCAGCGGGUGACAGCGCGACCGCCGAAUCGCACCAACACGAAGCCUCGAUCUACCGAAUAUCUCGGAAUCCGAGCGGCGGUCGACCGAUUUCGGUGUCGAGGCCACACACGAGCGGUCGCGAGGAGAUCGUUCGUUUUUAUCCAAUAAAUCAAAAAACAUUGGAAAAUCGGCAGCAAAAUCUAGCAUCGUUGAUCGACGACCUGAGCACGCCGGGCGGCAUAAGUUCGACGCAUCUAACGUCUUCGAGCGCAGCAACAACGACUAUGACGAGCGCGCCGACGUUGACCUAUCAAGAUCGAACAAUCUCAAGAUCGAACGGGACCAACGGAACUAUCGGCAAAGGUAUCAGCCGGCAAAAGGUGAUCGGUGUCAGCGUCACAUCCACGGUCGAGGCCACGCCAUACAAAGUGCGUGUCGAGCAUUACGAUAGCGCUGACGCCGUGGUAGUUAUGCGACCACCAAGUUUGGACUCUACGAUGAAUAAAGAAGUUCCUAAAGAAUCAACCAAGGAAUCAAUUAGAAGUUCGACGAGUAACAGUAGACCGUCGACGCCAUUAUCGUCUACGAUGACAACAAUGACGACCACAACUACAACGACUACAAUAACGCCACCACCACCAGGUCGAUUCGUUACUGAGGAACUCAGCAAUAUCGUUUCGGAAUCGAACAGGAGCGAAUUCUCCGUUGAUGAAGACUCACCGAGAACGAGUUGGCGCGGCCGCGUAACCAUGACACCACGAAUUGAGAACAAUCAUCAGGACGAAGAAGUUAAUGAGGCUGGGCGGAUCAUCGAUGUUGACGCGAUUACUCUACCGACGGAAGAAAAUUACGAACUACCCGUAGAGAACUCGGAACGACAAGAGUUGAAUGAGGAAGUACCGGAGAUCUCAACGGAUCGGCUUCAAGGGCGCAAGAUGGGACGUCAUUAUGAUGCGUCACUUUAUAACCGAUCAGGCCCAAAGACAUACAGUCAGUCGAAAGCGUACAAACCUUCGCGGACCUAUAACGAGCCUCCUAAAGUAUAUAGCGAGCCGGCCAAAAUGUACGGUGAACCAGAGCGUAUGUAUGGAGAACCGGCUAAAGUGUACAGCGAGCCGGCUAAAAUCUAUAGCGAACCAGCCAAGGUCUACAGCGAGCCUGCGAAAGUUUAUAGCGAGCCGGCCAAAGUCUAUGGCGAACCGGAAAAAAUCUAUUCUGAACCGUCCAAGAUCUAUUCGGAGCCAGCUAAAAUCUACUCCGAGCCGGCCAAAAUCUACUCGCAGCCGGCUAAAGUAUAUGGCGAACCUAGUAAGGUGUACGACUCCGAGGGCCAACCAGUAGAUCAUCAAGAAAGCGUUGAGCCUCACGAGCAGAAUUAUGAAAUCGACGAGUCGGUCAGCGUUGGCAGCAAUGGCAAUGUCCACGGGCCGCAAUUGGUUGUCACGGAGGAAACCCCAGGUGCGACGGAGGACGGUCACAAGGUCGGCUACGUAGUGGAGGGCAGAAACUAUAGAAAGUAUAGGGUCGAGGAGAGAACGCCGGAUGGCUUUAUCGUGGGCGAGUAUGGCGUCGUCAGUCACGACGACGGUUCGUUACGCGGCGUCAGAUAUACCGCUGAUGGUACCAUCAGUCCCCAACUCAUCUAUGAUGCCCUGAUGAAGUUCCUCGCAUUGUGAACACCGUGAUAACGGAAAAAGUGAAAGGAAGGAAGACGAAUCGACGAAUUGUUGCGAGACACAAGGGGAGAUCACGCAACGCCGCUGGACUCAUUUCUUCACCUAUA